AUGCCGAAGUAUGCGAAGUUCUUAAAGGACAUCCUCUCGAAUAAGCAGAAGCUCGAGGAUAUGUCCUAUGUGGUGAUGAACGAAAGCUGCUCUGCCAUUCUUCAAAAUCGUCUGCCCACGAAGAUGGGAGAUCCAGGCAGUUUCACGCUUCCUUGCCUGAUUGGAAAUAUGUCUGUUAGCCAUGCAUUGGCUGAUUUGGGAGUGAGUAUCAACCUUAUGCCCUAUAAGGUUUUUACAAAGUUGGAUCUAGGUGAGCCGUCGCCUACACGGAUGAGCAUUCGACUAGCUGAUCGUUCUAUCAAGUAUCCACGUGGGUUUGUUGAGAAUAUGCUUGUUAAGAUUGACUAG